AUGAGUACGCAAAUCAUCGAACCCGUGGAUCAACAGUUGUUAAAAAAGUCGAUUAUGCGCUUCAGUGCAUCAUUGGUGACGAUGUCAGGUGUUACUUUUUUCUUUAGUUUUGUCCUUUUGUUGUUAGUGUCGCUCUCUUUAUGGACUGCCUUUCAGAAAGCGUUUCUGUUUACUUGUGUUUUUGCUUUCCAAAGUCUUCUCCUCUAUGUCAUUAAGACAGAAGACCAUGUCUCCAACAAACCGGAGAACUAUUGUAACACAUUUGCUGGUGUAUCGAAGACAAUCAUUUGUAUGUUAGUAUCCGUGUUUGUUGGGUACUUCUCUAUGAUUAUUCUUAAAGGCGCUGUUCCAAACUCCGAUGACGUCUAUGAGGUAGAUGAGUUGCACAUGGUUUUUGCUGUCUCUGGCAUAUUUUUCGGACUGACUAACACAUUUUCCUAUGUUUUCCUUGACUUACUCAGCUUCAAGUCGUUCACAGAGCAAGCCUCCGAAAAUGACAGGUUCAAUCUGAUUAUCAAAACGUUGAACCAGACGAGUAUCUUGUUCAUGAUGAAUCUCAUCGUGUUCGCCGUUGCGGUGGUCCUUGUCAAGCUGUAUGACAGCUUCUUGUAUGGGCUUGGCUUCGAUUUGACGAUCAGAUUCCUUUCGUUGGGACUCGCAGACAUCAUCCAGUAUGUUGUGUUAAUCUUCUUGUUCUCCCUUUGCAGCCGUUACGCAUAUCGGUACCUCUUUUACAGAUUGAGCCUCCAGUGA